UUUACUUGAAUCUGUGUAGAGUUCUUCCUGAGCAGAAUUUCUGGCGUUUGGGCCUUUAAUGAGCACUAAAGAAAAAUCAUUAAUGGGGACAGAAAUAAAAGUACUGAAGAUGGUGCCCAUACACUAUACACUUAAGUUUACGUGCUUGUAUGUUUAAGCACAAGAUGAUACAAAAUAAGGUCAGGGGAAAUCAUCCUGUAUGUAUCCCAAAAGAUAUCUGAUAUGCCCAAAGACAGCAAAGCCCUGUUUAUUCAAAAUACUUUGGGAACAUCAAAACAUUUGGAUAAACAGGGCUUCAAAUAAUUGAGGGAGUUAUUGUAUAAGUAAUUCACACCAGGGGACAUAACCUAGAUUCAAAGGAGUGAGUUUCAUAUCAAGGGUUAUAGAUAAAUGGGAUUUUAGUCUAUAUGAACAGAAGAAAUAAACAGCAUCUGAAGAAUUAAGGAAGAAAGAGGUGUCCAAAUAUUUUUUUUUUUCAAGAAGAGUUGAGAAUGAAAGGUCAAAGUUGCUGCAAUAGGUCACAGAGCAGAAUACUCCUACAGAAUCAAAAUAGCAAGUAAAUAAAUUACACCAAAAGGGUUUGGAUUUCUUCUGUUUGGUUUUUAAACUCACUGACCUCCUAGUCAGGGUCAUAUGAAUGAAUAGUUUUUGCUCUUAUCCCAGUCAUGACACUGGCAUAUAUUUUGUGGCAGAAAGCGGGGAUUUGUAGUAUUCAGGGAACUGUUAAGUUAUUUUCCUCACAGCACAAUGGAAGCAAACUGCAAAAUAUGCAAGUUGGGUCUUUUAUGGCAAUACUGCCUGAAUGCUCAUCUUUCUAUUUAUAUCAUGACCCAGACAUGGUUUAUCUACAUACAAACACCUCAUCAUCUCCAACCAAAAGCCCUCUAAAAUACAAAUUUUAAAAGUUGUUGUGUGUGAAAGAUAGUUGGCAAUGCAUGUUGCUAAUAUGAUUGCAUGGAUAAUUUAGCAAUUUGGACAUACUGACAGCCCUGCCAGGUGCCUGUUCCUCACACCAUGAUGCCUCACCUCACGACACCCUGGUCAAGUGAAGGAAAGCCUCUGCUGCACAAUGCAUGCGGAAAGAGUUCCAGAGAUGUAUUCUCGACACCUGGUUGCCCUGUUAAAGAUCUCCUGAUGUUUUUGAACCUUGUGCUUUCAGCCUCUGAAAAUGUUUUGCCUGCAGCCCUCACAGCUGCUCUGCAGAGGGACGCAACACAGCGUCUUUGCCUCAGUGGUUUUGGCGGGAAGAGCAGGGUCGAGCGGUCGCCAUAUUGCCACAGGCACUUGGAGGGCUUGUUGCACCCUCUCCUCUCAGCCUCGUGGCUUCACGGCUCUGCCAGACAUGGGUAAAUGCCAUCCCAGCAUUGGGAAAGAUUGGAGAAGUAAAAAUUUGUAGUUUCACAAGAGUGAUAUGGGAGAGGAGGCGAGUAAAUGCCUGUGAGGUGCUGGAAGGUACCGUUGGUGACAGUGGAGCCAAUCCUCUCAGAGGAGAAGCAGCCGUUAGCAGGCAGCCCCACAGGGUGAGAGAGGUCUGAGGACAAGCAGAGCGCUAGGGGCACCACUGGUUUGCUGGCAGGCUUGUCAUGGCUUUUCUCUGUGACUGAAGAAUCUCUGCUGUGCAUUUCUUGGUUGCAGUUCAAAAAGGAUAUUCCAACCAGUUUGCUAUCUGGAGCAGUGCAGAGAAGAGAAGCUCCUAGAGAGAACAAGGCGUGCGGAGCCCAGAUCACCAGCAUCAUGCUCCUUGGGCUUGGAUCGUAGAUCCCCCCUCUUUGAACAUUAAAAUAACUCCUUCGCACAUCAGCGUCCCAGACAGAUCCAGCGAGACAACAGGCACGUGAAGGAGAGUGAAAAGAAAGAGGAGGAAGAGAAAAAUCUGCAACCAAGUGGACUAAAGCAAAAAGAAAGAGUGCUUUGCUUGCACAGCUGCAAAGUGGGAAUUUAAAGAACUGCAGAGAGAAAUUCCAGCUCAUCAGCACAUACACAUUGCAGAAUUACAGAUCCAGGUAGAAAUGACAUCAACAGGGAAAGAAGGCAGCGGAGCUCAACAUGCACAAUAUGUUGGACCCUAUCGUUUGGAGAAAACCCUAGGAAAAGGACAGACAGGGCUUGUGAAGUUGGGGGUUCACUGUGUCACAUGUCAGAAGGUUGCGAUAAAAAUUGUCAACAGAGAGAAGCUCAGCGAGUCGGUGCUAAUGAAGGUGGAGCGGGAAAUAGCCAUCCUGAAGUUGAUAGAGCAUCCCCAUGUUUUAAAGCUGCAUGACGUUUACGAAAAUAAAAAAUAUUUGUACUUGGUGCUAGAACACGUGUCAGGUGGGGAGCUCUUCGACUAUCUUGUAAAAAAGGGAAGAUUGACACCAAAAGAAGCCAGGAAGUUCUUCCGACAAAUCAUCUCUGCUUUAGACUUCUGCCAUAGUCAUUCAAUAUGCCACAGGGACUUAAAACCAGAAAACCUACUGCUGGAUGAAAAGAACAAUAUCCGGAUAGCAGACUUUGGGAUGGCAUCGCUGCAGGUUGGGGACAGCUUGUUAGAAACCAGUUGUGGAUCACCGCAUUAUGCCUGCCCUGAAGUUAUCCGGGGAGAAAAGUAUGAUGGAAGGAAAGCAGACGUCUGGAGCUGUGGAGUCAUUUUAUUUGCGUUGCUAGUGGGUGCCCUGCCAUUUGAUGACGACAACUUGCGGCAGCUGUUGGAGAAGGUGAAACGUGGAGUGUUCCACAUGCCACAUUUUAUCCCUCCGGACUGUCAGAACCUCUUGCGGGGGAUGAUUGAAGUGGAUGCCUCGAAACGUCUCACGCUAGAACAUAUUCAGAAACACAUAUGGUAUAUAGGGGGUAAGAAUGAGCCAGAACCAGAGCAACCAAUCCCUCGAAAGGUGCAGAUUCGUUCUCUCCCUUCCUUGGAGGAUAUUGAUCCAGACGUGUUAGAUAGCAUGCACUCGUUAGGCUGCUUCCGUGACCGAAAUAAACUCUUACAGGACUUGUUGUCAGAAGAAGAAAACCAAGAGAAAAUGAUUUAUUUUCUUCUGCUUGAUCGGAAGGAGAGAUAUCCUAGUCAUGAAGAUGAGGAUCUUCCCCCUAGAAAUGAAAUAGAUCCCCCCAGGAAGCGUGUGGACUCCCCAAUGCUGAACAGGCAUGGGAAGCGACGACCAGAAAGGAAGUCGAUGGAGGUUCUCAGUGUGACAGAUGGCGGCUCCCCCGUCCCUGCUCGCAGAGCUAUUGAAAUGGCACAACAUGGACAGAGUAAAACAAUGUUCAGUAAAAGCCUGGAUAUCUCUGAAGCCAAUCCCAAAUUCAACAAAGAAGAAAGGUCUCGGUCAAUCAGCGGCGCUUCAUCUGGGCUCUCCACCAGUCCUCUCAGCAGUCCAAGGGUCACCCCUCACCCCUCUCCAAGGGGAAGUCCCCUCCCUACCCCCAAGGGGACACCUGUCCAUACGCCAAAGGAGAGCCCAGCAGGCACACCCAACCCAACACCACCAUCCAGCCCCAGCAUUGGAGGAAUGCCAUGGAGAACACGGCUCAACUCAAUCAAGAAUAGUUUCCUGGGGUCUCCUCGCUUCCAUCGCCGGAAAUUGCAAGUACCUACACCAGAGGAAAUGUCCAAUUUAACCCCAGAAUCAUCCCCAGAGCUUGCCAAAAAAUCCUGGUUUGGUAACUUCAUUAAUCUGGAGAAAGAAGAACAGAUUUUUGUGGUCAUUAAGGACAAACCACUAAGCUCCAUUAAGGCUGAUAUUGUCCACGCUUUCCUGUCGAUUCCAAGCCUCAGUCACAGUGUCAUCUCACAGACAAGUUUCCGUGCAGAGUACAAGUCCACAGGAGGUCCUGCUGUCUUCCAGAAGCCGGUUAAGUUCCAGGUGGACAUAACAUACACAGAAGGGGGAGAAGCGCAGAAGGAAAAUGGGAUCUAUUCUGUCACUUUCACACUCUUAUCAGGUCCAAGCCGCCGUUUUAAGAGGGUAGUAGAAACCAUUCAGGCACAGUUGUUAAGCACACAUGACCAGCCUUCAGUGCAGCAAUUAUCAGACACCACUAACUGUAUGGAGUUGAUGACUGGCAGACUUUCCAAAUGUGACGAGAAGAACGGGCAGGUGAGCCAUCCCCCCGGCACGCCAACCAAGCAUAGCGCAAACAGCAAGCGGAGCGAUUCCGGUUCUAAUGACUAUGGGUCUAGAGGAGACAAUAAGUACCCUGCUGGCAAAGACAAGGCAAAGAUGGUCUCAUCAGUCGGCCUACAAGACCAACCUUAAAUAAACACAUAAAAAAUUAAAUAACUUAGAAACAAAAUCAGAAACAAAAUAAAUAAAGCAAGAAAGAAUGAAAGAAUAUUCCUUAGCGAGCUAGCCUCUAAACUAGAAGGAUGUAUAUACCUUGCCACAACAGUACAAAACUGUCUAUAGACAAAUUUUGUAUGAAGGAAUGACUGUAUAUAUAUACAUAUAUAUAUUUAUAUAUGAUAUAUAAUAUAUAUCUCAGAAACAAACACAAAAACAAACGAACGAAAGAAUGAAAAGAAAAGAAAGAAAAGAAAAGGUAGCACAGAUGACAAACCCAGUUCGACAGAUCUUGGGUUGUGGUUUUUUUUUUAUUGCUUCUUUUUUUUUUUCCUCCCUUUUUUUGAAUGUUUUU